CAAAUUUCGACAAAACGAUUGUAGCGGUAGGCUUUAGGUUUCAGACCACGAGUUUUGGUGGCAACUUUUAAACAUGUUUUUUAAAAUUAUUGGUUCUUUAGCUUUUUUGAUCAUUCACUUCCAAUGGAGUCUGGAAUCUUUGGAGAGUAGCGAAAGUACUUUAGUACUUACACAUGUGCUUUUUCGUCAUGGAAAUAGAACAGCUGACAAACAUGAGCUCUAUCCAAAUGAUCCUUAUUUGAACGAAAAUUAUUAUCCUUUUGGAAAUGGACAACUCACCAAGAUAGGAAAACGCAAAGAAUUCUCUAUAGGCAAAGCUCUAAGAGAACGCUACAACAAUUUCUUAGGCGACUACUAUUAUCCUGAAAUCAUUGAAGCACUUAGUACUGAUUACAACCGCACUAAAAUGUCUUUAGAAUUAGUCCUAGCAGGUCUAUUCCCGCCAAGAGCUGAAGACUUGUUUGAAGAUUCUAUCUUUUGGCAACCAGUACCGUUUAAUUAUUUACCAAAAGACAAAGAUAAGGUUUUACUCGGUGUACUUUGUCCUAAGUAUUUAGAAAUUUAUGAAGAAAUUAGUAAGUCAGAAGAAAUAUUGCAAAAAUUCGCUGCAAACUCAGAAGCAUUCGCUUACAUUUCUGCGCACAGUGGUUUAAAUGCAACAAGGUUUUCCGACAUUUACAAUCUUUAUUUUGGACUUUCAACUGAAGAAGAAUGGGGUUUCGAGCUCCCCUAUUGGACCAAACCAAUUUGGCCUGCAAACAUCACUAAUUUAGCCAUACAAGAUUACUUCGUCUCGAUGUACACUAGCGAAAUGCGCCAAAUGGCCUCGGGAUACUUUUUGGAAAAACUAAUCCAAGAUACGAAAAAAAAGAUUCUCAGCGGCAAUUUUCCAGAAAGAAAGAUGCAUCUUUAUUCGGCUCACGAAAACAAUCUUGCAGAAUUGCUGAUGAGCUUGAACGUGUUCGAUAAGCCUCACAUACCGAAUUAUGGAGCUUGGAUAUCGAUUGAGAUACAUUUUAUCAAUAACAUUUAUGGUGUAAAGGUUAUCUACGAAAAUCAUACAGGAGAAGGUCCUCAACUUUUGUCGAUACCAAAUUGCGGCAGCUUUUGUCCUCUGGAUCAAUUUAUAGCACUCACAGAACAUUUGAUACCGUCAGAAGAUUUAUGUGGAAUAAAAUGCGUUUAAAAUUAAAUUAAUUUUUCUAUUUUCAAUAUAAAUUUGUAUCAAAGAGUU